GGAGCAUGGGAUGAAUUCAACUUUGCACCGAAAUCCAGAACCGUCUAUCCUACGUCUGUCCAUAAAGUCGAGGGAUCUGUCCAGGCCGCCAGCAACCUUGUGGCUCAUCAGGGAUCCGCGACCUUGUCGGGAAAUGAUUCAUGGGUAGCUUUGGAUUUUGGGGUCGAGGUCGGUGGUCUCAUAUCAUUGAACUUUGAAAAUGUCUCGACUUCGUCAUCCAUCUCUCUAUCGUUUACGGAGUCGCCUUCCUUCAUAAGUCCAUUAAGAUCCGACGAUUCCACCAACUCGUCACCGAAUAUGUCUUAUGAUGGCGUCUUGCAUGUUCCUGCUCCUCUGACGACUGGCCAUUGGACACAGCUAGCGUCAACUCUUCGUGGAGGGUUUAGGUUCUUAACGAUCGUGCUCAAUUCUGACGACCCUGUCACGAUAUCCAACGUAUCCUGCCAAAUUUCGUUCAUGCCCCAUUUUGACAAUCUUAGGGACUACUCUGGGUACUUCUAUGCUUCUGAUCCUGUUUUUCACGACAAAAACUUCCUGACGAAAAUCUGGUACUCCGGCGCAUAUACAGUCCAAACUAACACGGUACCUUUGGAUACAGGACGUCAAGUGCCUUUCGUCAGGUCGCCUGGUUGGCAAAAUAAUGCCACUCUUGGUGUCGCAGGCCCCAUCAUUGUCGAUGGCGCCAAGCGAGAUCGUGCAGUCUGGCCAGGUGACAUGGGUGUCGCUGUCCCAACUCAAUUUGUUUCUACAAACGAUCUCCUCCCAACUAAAAAUGCACUCUCUACGAUGUUUGCUGCACAAAAUCCGAGGACCGGAGCGCUCCCUGAGUCUGGACCACCACUCAGCCAGCAAGGCAGCGACACCUACCAUGCGUGGACGCUGAUCGGGACACACAACUACUUCUUGUACUCUGGAGACGUUGCCUGGUUGCAGAAUGUGUGGCAAAAUUAUACGAAGGCCGUGCAGUUCCUGGAAAACAAGGUUGAUAGCUCGGGAUUGAUGAAUGUCACUGGCUUGAGGGACUGGGCCAGGAAGGGUGGCGGAGGACACAACGCGGAGGGAAACGCACUCCUUUAUAAGGUUCUCACUAAUAGCGCGGACUUAGCUGGCUACCUUAACGAGACAGAGCUCUCAUCUGGAUGGGCACACAAUGCGUCUGCCUUGAAGGCAGUGUACAACACGGCGUUCUGGGUGCCGGAGCUAGGCAUGUAUCGCGACAAUACAUCCACUACGCUUUGCCCUCAGGAUGCGAAUUCUAUGGCGAUCCUGUACAACUUGACCACCUCACGGGAACAAGCUGCUUCGAUCAGCUCCGGACUCGAAAAGAACUGGAAUGACAUCGGUGCAAUAGCGCCUGAGUUGCCCGACAAUAUAUCGCCGUUUAUUGGGAGCCUCGAACUAUCCGCACACUUUGAGUCCGGGAACGAUGCACGCGCCAUGGAUCUUCUCAGGCGAGAAUGGGGAUAUAUGCUCUACACGAAUCUGAGCGUGCAGUCCACGCUCCUCGAGGGUUACACCUCGAACGGCUCUCUUCUCUAUCGAUCGUAUCAAGGCUAUAGUUACGACGCUGCGUACACCAGUCACUCGCACGGAUGGAGUUCUGGGCCGACGAGUGCAUUGUCCUUCUAUGUCCUCGGAUUGACCAUCACAGCGCCUCAAGGCCAGGCCUGGUCGAUCGCGCCACAUCUAAGCGGACUCAGAGCAGCAGAAGGCGGAUUCGAAACGGCGUUGGGCUGGUUUGGCGCAUCGUGGAGUUUAUCCGAUGAUAAUGAGUUCAUCUUGUCGACCGACACCCCCGCAGGCACUCUGGGCGUUGUCCGCUUGCCUGCAAUUGGUCGCGGCACGAUC